AUGCUUCCCACCACCCAAAAAGCAGUAGCAAUCGCCUCCCCCCGCAGCCCACUCAUCCAAAUCACGGUACCCGUGCACGCGCCGUCGCCAUCUGAAAUCACCCUCAGGGUAUCCUACACGGCCUCAACACCACUGGACCUGCAUCGCGCGGACGGCGGUCUCCUCAUCACCACAUAUCCCAGUCAGUCCGGGUCGGGCGGCGCAUCCGGCACCGUCGUCGCCGUGGGCGCAGACGUCCACGCCAUCCAGGUCGGUGACAAAGUCUCCGUCUUCGCCUUCCACGGCGGCAAAGAAGCCAACCACCAGGAAUACAUCACCUGCGCGGCAUACCUGGCGUCCAAGAUCCCUGUCGGCGUCUCGGAGCAGCAGGCGGCCACAGUCAAUGUCAAUCUCUGCACCGUCUUCCACAGCCUCACGCGGGACCUGGGGCUCGCGCUUCCCUGGCCCGCUGAACAACAGCCGCAACGCGGCGAAGCGGUGCUGGUCUGGGGUGCGAGCAGCAGCGUGGGCUUGUACGCCGUGCAGGUGCUCCGCCACUGGGGGUACGCGAACGUCCUGGCCGUGAGCGGCGCAUCACACCACGCCCACCUGGAAGACCUGGGGGCACGGAAGUGUUUUGAUUAUAGGCGCGGGGUGGCGGCGGUGGUGGACGAGAUCUUGGCCGAAGGCAGGACGCCAUUCAUCCUGGAUUGUAUAGGGAGCUUGGAGGGAAGCCUGGCGCCGCUGAAGAGGAUUGCGAGGCGUGGCGAUCGUGUUGCGGUCAUGCUUCCCGUCAUUGUGAGGGAUGCGAGUGUUUCGGAGGAGCCAGUGUAUGAGAUGGACGUUGCCAAGGUUGGCGGGUGGGAGGGGGGCGUUGAGGUCAGGGGGGUGAGGACGCAUUUCUAUCUUGAGAAUGAAUUCUUCAAGGAGCAUCUCCAGCCGGAGAUUGUACCGACGCUGCUUGCGCAGGGUAUCGUUCAGCCAAAUAGAUACAGGGAGAUUGAGGGCAAGAACAUGGUGGAAAGGGCGCAGAAGGCGUUGGAUGAGUUGCGCAAUAGGAGCGUUAGCGGUGAGAGGUUGGUCUGGAGGGUAUCUGAUGACACGCCGUAG